AUGAAGCGCUUGGCCGUGGUGGAGCUCGAUGCUAAGGGCAGGGCUCGCUCUCUGAUUGUCAGCCCAUCGUCAGUGCUGCUCAUCAAUACCACGUUGGAGAACAAGGGGGAGGAUUCCUAUUCCACGGACCUGCAUUUCUCCAUCCCCGCCGGUCUCUCAUUUCGUAAAACAAACGUCAUUCAGUCUUCCAGACCAGUGACUGUCAUAUGUGACGCCUCCAAAAAUUCCGACAUCACUCUGAACGGGAAAAUCAUCUGCAGCAUCAACCACCCUGUCUUCAGACCUCACACUAGGGCCAUGUUACUCACCACCUUUCAUGUCGUGUCCCAAACCAACUGGAAAGAAAGCGUGACAUUUAAUGUGGACGCUGUUAGUUUGAACAAAAAACGAGAUACCAAACACAGCUCCGCCCGUCAAUCACUGCCUGUGCAGUUUCAAAUCAAUGUCAUUCUGAAAGGAUUAGAAUCAACUCAGUACAUAAAUGGCACAUCUAAUGCAGAGGUGCAGAUGCCCAUUGAACAUGUGUACAAGGUUGAGAACUUGGGUCAGGUCAGCCUCCCCGUGACUCUGACGUUUAAGGUUCCCAUUGCCAUGAAACCGAACAUUUUCUGGGAAUCGAUCAAUAUCAGCAGCAACGAUCUCACCAAUAUAAAAUGUAGACGCAGUAACCAGACAAGUAACGAGAAAAGCUCCCCGGUCACGGUUUGGCUCGUGGAGGUGUGUGAUUUGGCAACCCUGGACAUCGCUCAGACUGUAGUCUUCCACGUUUCUGGAGUCAUCAAGACAAAGGGAUUAGAGCAGUCAAAACAUCUCCUUGAAACUAACGCCGAGGUGACUUAUGAUACAAAGCGGUUCAUCCAGUCUACAACACUGUUCCAGAAAGCAACGGUUAGCUCCUGCUCAUCUCAGGACCCAAGAUAG